AUUAAGAUAUAUCUUUAGUUCAAUUAUUGUUACCAAACGCUAAUAAACAUAUUCGUUGAGAAAAAUUCUUAAGAUAUGAACGUGUGGCUUAUUUCUGUUCUAAUUUGCGUGUUUCUUUUUGCAUUUAGUAUCAAUAGUGCCUUUAGUAUACGCCAAAGAAAAAGGGCGUGGCUUUCUGGAUGGUUUAAAAAGCUUACAACGAGAUGCUUUCAUAAUGGAAUAUAUUACAAUAAGGGAGACACAUUUGAUAAAACGUACGAUAGCCAAACUAACACUUGCUCUGCAUUAAGAUGUGGCUUUCUCGGGAACAUUAGAAAUGUGAUAGACGAUAACUGUAGUCCACCGACCACGCAUACAGCUCCACCAACGAGCACGCUCCCUCCUACAACGACCCCGCCCCCUCCUACAACAACCCCGCCUUUCGGCUGCUACUACAAUGACAAAUUCUAUCCACCUGACACUAAAAUAAGCAGUGGUCAGACUGGAAACUGGUGUUACUUAGUUGAAUGCGACAGUUACGGGGAGGUCGUCUAUGGCGAUAAUUUUAACUGCGGUAAAACAACAAAACCAACGACAAUUCCACCUACAACCAGACCUCCAGGCUGUUACUAUAAUGGGAAAUACUAUCCACCAGGUACAGAAAUAAGUAGGGGACGUUCGGGCAAUUGGUGCUCUUUUACAAGGUGUGACAGGUCUGGGCACGUCAUAUCGGGCGACAAUUUCAACUGCACGAAAAAACCACGCACAACUUCUCCUCCACCAACAACACAAGCAGCAAUUGCCGCUGAGAGAUCUCUAAAAAUAUUUAAGAAGGAACUAAAGGACCUGCUCAGAAAAAUUAACAAACGUAAAUAAUUGGACUAGAUACAUAUUUUUCUAUACCUCAUAAAUA